CCCGGGAGCAGCCGCAGAGCCAGGCGGUGAGUGGGAGGGGCCUCAAUUUGGAGGGGGUGGCGCUUGCCCCGCAAGGGGGAGGAGUCACAGGCGAAGGGGCGUGGCCGCCCUGGACAAGGUGAUGACUUUAUAUAAUGGGCAAUGUCCAAUCAGAAACCACACAAGAAUCAGAGUCUGCCAAAGACGGGGAGGAGAAAGCCAACCCGGAAAGAAGCAAGCCGGAUCGAGUCCAGAGUAGCAGCACCAAGCAUGACUCGGGGAACCCCAGCCCCGAGGCCCCGGAGCCGAAAGCAGCCAGUCCGCCUCUGAGCAGUGAACCAGGUGGCGGAGACAGGCAGGCAGGGGCUGCAGAAAUGGGGAAGAACCAUUCCAAAAAAUCCAAGCUGAAGCUCUCCUCCAUGUGGGCCCAGAACGCGGCUAGUGGCGGGAUGAAGGAGGCCAGCCUCUGCGAUCAGGACACGGGGGCAGAGAAGCGGGGACUGGCUUGCCUCAGCCGAGCUGACCUCCAGGGUGGGCAGACUUUGGGGAACAUCUUCCAAGAGGAGCCCAAAGGGUUGAAGGCAGCCUUGAGGCCUCCUCAGGGGGCUGGCGCAGAGGCAAGAGACUUGGGCGCCAAACGAGCACCAGCGAAAGGGAAGGGCAAGCCGGAGGGCGGCCAUCCUGACAAGAACACAGAGGGUCCACUGCUCCUUCAACCGGAGAAGCUGGCAGAACUGGACCGAGCUGUAGAAGCACCCAAAGAUAUGGUUGAAAGAGAGGUUUGUUGGACUCAACACACAGAAGCCUGUGCCAAGGAAUACCUAGAGAAUGAGGAGCAAGUGUCAGAAGCUUCAAUCAAGAAGCAGGCGGUGGCCAUGACGGAGAAAACAGAAUCGUCAAAGAUGAUCGAAGAAGUUUUGGUGGGCCCUAGAUCUCUGAAUGAGAGGAGCCCAAACAGCCCAUCUCCUUUCAGCUGCAUGGUCCUGCCUGGAGGGAAGAAGGCCUUUCUGUCAUGGAUCCAGAAGGAGAAAGAACAAACGUGCCACCGGGACAAUGCGCCGGGGCGGGAAGGAGACUCCAAGGACCCGGCUUUGGUUGCCCUGCUUCCUGAGGAGCUGGCCAAUGCUUCAAGUGGCCCCAUAGAAAGGUCCCAAGCCGUCAGAAAUGAGACCAAGGCUGAGCUGAAGUACGAAGGUCUGGGAGCAGAAGCCGUCAGUUCCGAAACGAUGCAGGAGCUGCUGGAGAAAGGCCUGAACUUCCUGUACAAAGUGACCAUCCAGCCGGGGCAGUGGCCGCCCAGCAUCAAGGCAGUCAAGCAGAAGCCUAGCGUCAUCUCCUCCGGCAUCUCCUAUGCCGACGUUCUGAAGCAGUGCCCUCAGAAGAAAUCCCCUGCCGGGCCCCCAGUGUUGCCGAAAGCACUGAACCACCUCACCGCUGCAGGCAAGAAGCUGCCCUCCUUCAAAGGCCUGGAGCGGAGCAACCCGGAGGACUUUUCUUCCCUCAGCCACUUGUUCCUGGAGCACUUCAAGAAAGUCACCCCGCCUAAGGAGCCCACCACCUCCCAUGCUCCCAUGCAGCAAAUGGUCACCUUCUUUGAGGAAUUCUCUCCCAGCAACACCAAGCGGACCGAGUGGCAAAGACCCCGACCGCCAACCCCAUACCCUCAACGCCGCAAAACUCAGGGAAGAAAGCUACCCAAAUUUGGCACCGCCAUGUCACAGGUUGUUGCCUUCCUAGAGAGCGACCCAAAGUGUGACUGGCUCCUCCAUGAUGACAGCCAGGCCUCCUUGGAUGAGGCCAUGGUGGCAGCUGAGGAAGGAGGCAAGGAGCACUUGGAACCACCUGUUGGUGUUAACAAAGGGGCCGAGGAAGCACCAAGCUCUUCUCCACCUGUUGCAUCCCUCUCAUUGGCUUGGGAAAUUUCAACAGAAGUGGAUGAGACUCCCCAGAGGUCACGCAGGAGGCUACAGGGUCUGGAAGAAGGUGCAAAAGAAACGUCGCCACUCAAGAUCGGUCCCUUUAGCACUGCCUGGGGCCUCAGUUGUCCAUUGGCGCCUACGCAGUCUCUCCAAAAGGAAGAAGAUGUCGUGAUGCCGCUGCUCAACCCUGUUCCUCAUUCUUCCAGGGAAGUGUUGGAGGUGCCCAGCCCUGCCGCCUCAGCCCCUAGAUCUCUCUGUGUCUCUAUUGGACUGAUACCGGAUCAAAAAACGCCAGCUGCAGUUCAGGCGAGGCCCAAGAUCCGAAAACAAGGCUCUACCACUCCAAAAUCUAAAGAGAAACUCAAAGCUUCAGGGCAACCCAAAGCUAAGCCGCCUAAGGGGAAAGGGCAAAAGCAGUGGCCCCGAGGUUAUGGCAUGACCUCCCCUCUGAGAUUAGAAGGGGUCCCUCUCUUCCCACCUUUUGAAAAGGUUGCACGACCUUUCUAUUUUGGAGAGCCACUGGAGACACCUCUUUCUCUGGACAAACCAGCUGGUAUCGAACAGGAUGCAACCUCAGCCCAGGACAAACCUGUGCAAGACCGAGAGGCCGACCAGUCUCCUGCGCACCAUUGGCCGGCUUUCCAGGUGGCAAAUUCUUGUUCCAUGAAGUGCUAUUGUAAACACCGGGAUCAGAGGAAGCUGCCCAAGAACGUCAUGGCUUGGCUCAACCCCUCCACCAACCAUUUGGCAGAACCGCCCUGGGUUGCUACUGCCAUGUUGGCUGUCUCCCUGGUUGCUGGGACCAAGUUCUGCCUGGACUCUUUCGACCAACAACAUGUUGCCAAGGAGGACUGAAGCUCCCUGCCCCUUCCCCAGGCCUACUCAACAAUAAAACUUGUAUACCACCUGCCUGA